AUGAUUUAUUUACGUUCAUCGAGGCGUCUUGCUCCCAUGAAUGCAACAGCAUUAGAAACUUGUCGUUAUCCUUUGUUUAUCAUCAUUAUGGCGUCUUAUAUGCGAAAAAAUGGUCGAUCACCACACUACAUAAAAAAGUCGGUUCGAUCAAUACUUUCUCAGUCAUACUCCAACUGGGAACUAUUCGUUACUGGGGACAAAUACGAAAAUGAACAAGAGUUUCGUUCACUUUUCACGAGUAUACCGUCAUCAAAGUUGUUUCUUCAUAACCUACCGGAACCUGGAGAACGAGGUAAUUUGACUGGCACUCAGUUGUGGCAAAGUGGUGGUGUUGUGGCCAUGAACAAUGCAUUACAGCGUGCUGAGCAGCACCACAAUAAUUGUGAACCAAAUUGCAAAAUAUAUGUUGUGAGCCUUGAUGAUGACGAUAUCUGGUCUACGGAACAUCUGAAUGAACUGCUAUCGAUCUUCAUACGCUUCCCAUCGGUCGUUUUUGCAUGGACUAAAGGGUACCAUUGUAGUAGCAGCGGUAAUCCGUAUCCACCUAUAAUAGUACUGCAAGAUCGAGUCAACAAUUGGUCCGGGCCUUUUGGCGGUAAUAUACUGCAUUCUUCUUGUGCAUGGAAAAUGGAAGUCUUUCGAGGUUUCCGAUAUCGUGGACAAUGGGAUUUUCCACCAAAUUAUCAUGGACAGAAAACAGGUGACUAUGAUUUAUUUGAAGCAAUACGUGCACAUAUUGUCGCAAAAAGUCUAGAUUACUAUCACAGCAACCGAGCUACAAUCGAGCAUCUCAUUGAAAUGGGAAACUCGUGUACUAAGAAUGGGUCAUUAUGGUAUCCUGACUAA